UCCGAGGGGUACAGUUCCCUUGCCAGAGCAGACGAGGAAUCUCCCGCAAUCACCAUGAAGGUCGCCCUCUUCGUCCUGGCCGUCGUGGCCUCCGCCUCCGCCGGCCUCAUCCCCGCCACCACACUGCUGCGCGCGCCCCAGCACGACAGCGCCGUCAUCCAGAGCGAGCGUCUGGGCGGCAACUUCGCCUACUCCUCCGUGGAGGGCCACGCCUACCAGGCCGUGAGCCCCGUGGUGCAGCACGUCCAGACCCCCGUGGCCGUCAGCUACCACGCCACCCCCGUGCAGGUCCCCGUCGUGCAGCAGCAGCAGGUCGCCUACAAGGCCGCCCCCGUCGUCCACACCUACGCCGCCGCCGCCCCCGUGGUCGCUAGCACCUACGCCGCCACCCCCGUGGUCAGCAGCUACGCCGCCCCCCUGGUCGCCGGUCACUACGGCUACGGCGCCUACGCCGCCGGCUCCCCCGUCCUGGUCGCCAGGAAGUGAGCCGCCCGUCAAACUCCCGCCGCCAUCAUGCUCCCCGUCGCUCUGAGGGUCGAGUGCUGCUUCGCCUUCGGUAGUAGCGACCUACACUGUCAAUAAACUCCUCCACAACGA